AUGAUGCCGGCAAAUGAUUGCAUACUGCGUGCAGCCGGCAGGGUAGUUCGAGGUUUUGGACGUGGUAGCAAGGAACUUGGAACACCAACAGCCAACAUGUCAGAAGAUGUCGUUGAAAAAAUCCCCUCAGCAAUGUCUACUGGUGUCUAUGCCGGGUGGGCGCAGGUAGACGAUGGACCUGUCCGCAAGAUGGUGAUGAGCCUUGGCUGGAAUCCCUUUUAUAAAAAUGAAAAGAAAUCGUUGGAGGUGCACAUCUUACAUAAAUUCCCUGAGGACUUUUACGACUCCCGAAUGCAGAUUGUUGUUCUUAAAUAUCUCCGGGAUGAACGUAACUUUGGCUCUCUUGGUAAGUGA